UUGAGAGUAGAUGCACAAGUGGACCGACUUCGACCUUUUCUCCACGUAUCUCUUUCUCUCUCGUUAUCUUUACAAAUCACAAUUCAUCAUUUCUCUGCGUUCUUUUGAAUCAAACCCAUUGACGCCAACUCACCUUUCCUGAAACCCCACAUGGAGGAUGCUAACGUUGUUGAAACUAAAGAUGGAACCAUCGCUGUUGCUUCUGCUUUUGCUGGACACCAGGAAGCUGUGAAGGAUAGAGAUCACAAAUUCUUGACAAGAGCUGUUGAAGAAGCUUACAAAGGAGUCGAUUGUGGAGAUGGAGGUCCUUUUGGAGCAGUUGUUGUUCGAAAUGAUGAAGUUGUUGUGAGUUGCCAUAACAUGGUUCUAAAACACACUGAUCCAACUGCACAUGCUGAAGUUACAGCAAUAAGAGAGGCAUGUAAAAAGCUGAACCAAAUUGAGCUCUCAGACUGUGAGAUAUAUGCCUCGUGUGAGCCUUGCCCAAUGUGCUUUGGUGCCAUUCAUCUUUCAAGAAUUAAGAGGUUGGUUUAUGGAGCUAAAGCUGAAGCAGCAAUUGCAAUUGGAUUUGAUGAUUUUAUUGCAGAUGCAUUGAGAGGUACUGGAUUCUAUCAGAAGGCUAAUCUGGAGAUUAAAAAGGCAGAUGGGAAUGGAGCAAUGAUUGCUGAACAAGUGUUUGAGAAAACCAAAGCCAAAUUUGCCAUGUAUUAAUUCAUCUCAAUUUGCAUAUUUCUAACUUUGUAAUUGUUCAACAAUUUGUUGCUGUUUACUACUGAUGAUUAAAAAUGGUAUAAAUUCUGAUGUUAUAAAUGAUCAAUUCGUCAUA